AUGGGAAGCAGUAUUGAUACAGAUGGUCGUUCCAUGGCCAUCAUUGGGCUAUCCUGCAGAUUUCCCGGUGAUUCAAAGUGCCCGAGUGCUUUCUGGGAGCUCCUCUGCAAAGGAAAAUCUGCGUACUCUACCGUCCCAAGAGACAGGUUCAACAUCAGUGCAUUUCACUCUGGGCCCCAAGGUGGGCUUAACAAAUCUCGCACCAACGGAGGUCAUUUUCUCUCGGAUGACAUUCGGCAAUGGGACGCCAACUUCUUCGGGGUUACAGCCGACGAGGCUUCUGCCAUGGACCCUCAGCAGCGGCUGAUGUUAGAGGUCGCGUAUGAGGCGUUCGAGAACGCGGGGGUCACGCUAGCACAGUUAAACGGCUCUGAUACCGGCGUCUGGAUGGGCGUGAACAGUAAUGACUGGCGCGAGACUCUGUUCCGUGACCCGGAAGCAGCCCCUUUGCACACUUGGACAGGCACUGGGCCCGAAUACAUAUCUGGGAGAGUGUCAUGGUUCUUCAACCUCCGGGGGCCCUGCAUGACGGUCAACACAGCUUGUUCGUCUAGUUUAGUGGCAUUGCACGAGGCAAGAAAUGCCAUAAUCGCAGGUGACUGCAAGAUGGCCAUUGUCGGCGGCGCCAAUCUCAUCUUCAAUCCCGAAUACUUCCUCUACUACUCCAACCAGAUGUUCCUUUCACCCGAUGGCAAGUGCAAGAGCUUCGAUGCCGCUGGUGACGGCUUCGGUCGCGGUGAGGGUCUUGGUGCCGUCAUCUUGAAACCGCUGGCUGACGCAUUGCGUGACGGUGAUGCUAUUCGAGCCGUUCUGAGAGCCAGCGGUGUCGGCCAAGACGGCUGGACCAGCGGUAUCACUCUUCCUAAUGCCGAAGCCCAAGCCGGCCUUAUUCGUUCCCUGUACAAGGAAGCAGGGCUCUCAACGAGUGAAACCGGGUUUGUUGAGGCUCACGGCACGGGUACUAAGGUUGGCGACCCAGCGGAGCUUGAGGCCAUCGCCGAGGCGCUGGAUACCAUGAACGCUAAAAAUGACCUACUUAUAGGGUCUGUGAAGACGAAUAUCGGUCAUCUGGAGGCCGCAGCCGGAAUUGCCGGUUUGAUCAAGGCAGUCUUGAUGUUGGAGAAGGCACAAAUACCACCGACUAUUGGUCUCAAGCAAUUGAACCCAAAGAUCAAGUGGCAAGAAUGGAGAAUGUCCGUGGCAGAGGAGCUCAUGCCUUGGCCAUCCAGACCAGGAGUACGACGCGUGGGCAUCAGCUCCUUCGGAGCCAGCGGCACCAUCGCCCACGCCGUGCUUGACGACGGUGAUACGUAUGGCAGACUCCAAGCCGGCGUCAUCGGCAGGUAUAAAGGUGACUCUGUCAAGACUGAGCUACAGCUCAUCGUUAUCAGCGCCGGCGACAAAGAGGGUAUCAUACGCCAGGCAGCCAGCUUGACCAAGCAUCUCCGCGAGUCACGAGCUGAAACCCGCUCAUCGCUCCAUGAGGGGGCGGCAUACCUCAAACGGUUGGCCUUCACGCUCGGGGCCAAACGAGCUUCAUUAUUCUACCGAUCCUUUUCAAUAGUGUCAAGCAUCAAAGACUUGUGCAACCAACUUGCGCCUCAGCAGCCAAGAGAGGACAAAGGAGACUCGGCACAGGAACUCUCGGUACGCCGAGCCGCUGUAUCCGCGGCAGACGGCAAGCUACGCAUUGGCAUGGUCUUCACAGGCCAGGGCGCCCAGUGGGCACGAAUGGGCACGGAACUGCUCAAGUACGAAGUAUUCCGGCAGAGCAUCGACAGAGCUGACGACUUUCUCCGCCAGUCGCUCGGGUGCAAAUGGUCGGUGUAUAACGAAAUGAGCGCCAGCGCGGAACACUCCAACAUCAACAAGGCCGAGUACAGCCAGCCGCUAUGUACCGUAUUGCAAGUGGCGUUGGUGGACCUGCUGGCGUCGUGGAAUAUCACACCCGCCGCCGUAACGGGCCACUCGAGCGGAGAGAUCGCGGCAGCGUAUGCCUUGGGUGUCUUGUCGGCGGAGGACGCGUGGACGACCGCCUACUGGCGUGGAAACCUUGAUUCCAGGUCCAAGCAGCCUCGAGGUGCCAUGCUUGCCGCGGGAAUGUCGCAGAAUGAUGCACAAGCCCUCGUGAGCCGCGUUCCGCGGUCCGACGGGGUGGUUGUGGUCGGUUGCGUUAACUCGCCGUCAAGUGUUACAUUGUCAGGCGACGAGAAGGCCGUUGAGACAGCCGGAGCUCUUCUCUCCGAGGCAGGCGUCUUCAAUCGCCGGCUGAAGGUUGACGCGGCAUAUCACUCACCUCAUCAGGCCCGCGUCUCAGACGAGUACUUCAUGCGCAUCCGCCAUAUCAAGCCUCGCCCAGCACAACCAGGGCGUGUCAUGUUCUCCAGUGUUACUGGUAAAAUGGUACAAAGUCAUCAGGACCUUGGCCCAGCCAACUGGGUGCGUAAUCUGGUCUCGCCAGUGCUCUUCGCCCAGUCGGUUGAGUCUAUGCUGCGAUCCGAAGAAGCAGGUAUAGAUGUGCUUCUCGAAGUCGGACCGCAUGGAGCACUCGCCGCCCCGUGCCAGGGUACUAUGUCGAGCUGCGGCAUCAUCCUGGACUACUUAUCAGUGCUCACCCGCGGUGAAAAUGCCGUGGCGACAAUGCUGGCCGCUGCCGGAGCUUUGUGGGCCCGGGGCGCAAGUGUUGACAUCGGCGCCGCAAACGGGACGGAGCAACCUGGGUCGCCCGGCUCCCAGCUGCGCCCACUCACGGAUCUGCCACCGUACCAAUGGAACCAUGCGCGGUCAUACUGGAGUGAAUCACGUAUGGCGGUGGAAUACCGCAAUAGAAAGCACCCGCACUACCGGUUUCUCGGGGCUCCUCUGCCUACUCUAGUCGCAGGCGAGUACAUAUGGCGAGCGUUCAUCAGGCCCAAUGAGGAACCCUGGCUACUAGACCACAAGAUCCAGGACACCGUAGUCUACCCCGCGGUGGGAUACAUAGCCAUGGCGGUCGAGGCGGCGCGGCAGCUGGCCGCGAUAGACGAGCCGGACGGCCAGCGGAAGGUCCGCGCGUUCCGGCUCCGCGAUGUGGAGUUUCUGGCGGCCACGGAGCUUAUCGAAAACGAACCUAUUGAGAUGACAAUAUGUGCUCGUCAGACUGCGCAGGAUCGACCUAGCGCGAUGGCAAGCGUAACACCGGGCUGGUAUCACUUCACUAUAUCAACCUGCACCGAUAGACAGACAGUUCGGAAAACCUGCGUGGGAUUUAUCACUAUCGAGCACGAUCCUACCCCAGAGUCGCCGGAGGCACAUGAGCUGUCUGAAAUGAACCGUGAGAUCCGUGACCGGUUCUUCGAGGCGCAGGAGGCUUGCCGCCAGACAAAAGAACCCGAAACCCUCUACAAAGAGCUUGCGCGUAUCGGGCUCCAGUUCGGACCAGCGUUCCGCAACAUGUCAUCCAUCUGGAUGGGAGAGUCGCAGAGCUACUGUACUGUUAACGUUGUCAACCCUUCAUCUGAACGAGACGGCCCUUCUGUAGGCAUAGGAGACGAAGCGGAGCGCCCCUUCAUAAUCCACCCCGCCACCUUUGAUCCCAUCACCCAGACUAUCGCGCCGGCUAUGGGCCUCCUUUCCCGGACUCCGGUCCCCACAGCUAUAGACGAGCUACUGAUUUCCGUCGAUAUGCCUUACAAGGAGGGCGACAGGCUUCACGUCUUCUCGUCUGUGGUUCCUCGUGCCAAUCACGACCUACUGAGCGACAUAUACGCUCUAGAAGAAACUUCUGACCGGCCCGUGCUAUCGCUGCGCGGUUUCAAAGCAGCCCAGUUGGCCCCUCGCGAAGCUGACACUAGUCUCGAGAACGCACAUAAGAUUUGUGGCCGCAUCUUGUGGAAGCCGGCACUAGAUCUCUUGCUGCUCUCCCCAGAUCACCUCCGCCAGUAUCUUUUACACGCUUCUGUCCAUAGUCUCAGCGUCACCGACAAACUUCUCAGAGAAGUAAGUUAA